GAAUACCUGAAAGGGUUAAAAUAGACUUGAAGCUGGAAUUGACUGAUCUAGAGUAAAGUGGGCAGCAGCUUAUUGUUUUCCACCUCAGCUCAUUAUCCCAAACGUCUCUCAGGCCCCUGCUGUCCUGCUUAUCCCACCCCACCUUCGCUACGUCCUCCCACACUGACCUGAAUGCAGCUGCAGACAAGGCCGACACAGUUAGCCACCUGUGUGAGUGAGGCGUAGAACACACAUCUUAACUGUAUAUAUUCACUCUGUAUAUAUGCUAACUCUGGUGAUAAGAUGAGGUCUGGAAGAAAGUCUGGAAGCCCCUACUUUUCCAUCAUCAUGCUGGUGCUUGGUCCUCAGCUUGGUGAAACCCCCUUUCUGGCCCACAUGGCCCACCCAACUGACGAGCUUCUAUAAAGAGAAUUCAUUAAAGAGUUUUAUUUUUUCCCUUUUUUGUCCUUUCUGUUUUUCUAACAAAACAACAUGCUAUCCGUCCGUACUGGUGGCAACCAAGGACAGACGGACGAGGCAAGUUGGUGGCCACCAUGUCCCCCUCUCUGUCCUUUUUCUGUCCCUCCCCUCUUUCUGUCUCUCGUUCACCCUCCAGAGAGAGCUAACCCAGAUUUCAAAAAUGAAGUGCUUGCCUAUUUCUCUCCAUCCACGCUCCCUCCUUCCUGCCCUCUCUCUCUCUCUCUAUUUCGCUCUCUCCCCAAAACUCUAUCUCUCUCGCCCUGUUGGUAAAAACAGAAUCAAAUCUUGGAAAGUGAAAAUCGCCUCGUUGUCUCGGCCCCUUUCUAUUGGAUACGCCAUUCCGAACCCACCGUUCCUCCUCCUACACUCCUCCACCGUUCCUGGAAAGCUCUGCUCUCAUCCUUCGCUUUCUUUUUCUCCUCCUUCUUCUCUCUUUUUUUUUCUUUUUCUUUGGGGACUGUUGAGAGUUUUUGAGGGGGUUACACUUUUGCUUUUUUCUUUCGUCUGGCUUUUCUCACGUCCAGUUUUUUGUGAAUGAGCGAGGGUCAGCGGUGAGGAAACGACGAGAGGAAGAGGAUAAGAAAGCGAAAAAAGACCUGAGCAAAGUGUGUCAACAAGUCCAGCCAUAGAUACAGACACUUCAGGUCUCUCCUUUACUCUCUUUCCUCCAACCCUGCCUUCCCUCCCUUCACAGCAUGUCCACCCCGGUCUCUCCAUCUCCCUCCCUCUCUCCUCUGGCCCUGUCCUCCCCGUCCCCCUCAUCUUCUCCUCUUCCCUCGCCCCUCUCCCCUCCUCCCAGGCUGCCAGUCUUCCAGAGGAAAGGAGCUCUCAAACACAAGAGGAUUGUGGAGGUGAAGGACCACCAGUUCACAGCGCGGUUCUUCAAGCAGCCCACCUUCUGCAGCCACUGCACCGACUUCAUCUGGGGGAUCGGAAAGCAGGGCUUCCAGUGCCAAGUAUGCAGCUUCGUGGUGCACAAACGCUGUCACGAGUUUGUCACGUUUACAUGUCCUGGAGCCAUCACUGGACCUAAAGCAGAGGACCUGAAGAGUAAACACAAGUUUAAGAUACACACCUACUCCAGCCCGACCUUCUGCGACCACUGUGGUUCUCUGCUCUACGGCCUCAUUCACCAGGGCAUGAAAUGUGCCAGUUGCGACAUGAACGUCCACAAGCGGUGUGAGUCCAGCGUACCCAGCCUGUGCGGACACGACCACACGGAGAAACGAGGGAGAAUCCACCUGACUGUCCGUGGAGAGAAGGAAGAUAUAUACGUCACAGUGCGUGAGGCGCGAAACCUGAUCCCAAUGGAUCCUAACGGCCUGUCGGACCCCUAUGUAAAGCUCAAGCUCAUCCCGGACCCCAAGAGCCACAGCAAACAGAAAACCAAAACCAUUCGCUCCACUCUGAACCCCGUCUGGAACGAGAGCUUCACUUUUUCAGUCCGGGGCAGGCAGUGGGACAGACGCCUGUCUAUAGAAGUGUGGGACUGGGACCGAACCUCUCGGAAUGACUUCAUGGGUGCUCUGUCGUUCGGGGUGAGCGAGAUCUUCCGUCGGCCUGUCAGCGGCUGGUUUAAACUGCUCAACCAGGACGAGGGAGAGUACUACAACAUACCUGUACCGGACCCUGACCUUCAGGAGCCAGACUCUGAUGUCUCUCCGGCUCUUCCUCCCGCUCCUGCUGCCGUGGCAACACCUGCGCCCGCCGUGAGCCCACCCGUGCUGAGCCCUGCACCCACCAGCAUACCAGCAGGGAAGGGCCGAGUCGGCCUGCAUGACUUCAACUUCCUGAUGGUGCUGGGAAAGGGCAGCUUUGGCAAGGUGAUGCUGGCGGAAGAGAGAGGAAGCGAGCGGCUGUUUGCGGUGAAGGUCCUGAAGAAGGAUGUCCUGUUUCAGGAUGAGGACACGGAGAGCGCCAUGGUGGAGCGAAGGGUGCUGGGGUUAGCCGGCCGUCCCCACUUCCUCACUUCCCUCUACUGUGCCUUCCAGACUGAGGACCGGCUGUACUAUGUAAUGGAGUAUGUGAACGGUGGGGAUCUGAUGUUUCAUAUUCAGAUUGUUGGGAAGUUUAAAGAGCCGCACGCAGCGUUCUACGCUUCAGAGAUAGCUGUGGGUCUCUUCUUCCUGCACAGCAAAGGCAUCAUCUACAGAGAUCUGAAGCUGGAUAACGUGCUGUUAGACAGUGAGGGCCACAUAAAGAUCGCUGAUUUUGGGAUGUGUAGAGAAGGCAUGUUGGAAGGAGACACCACCCGGACGUUCUGCGGAACUCCAGACUACAUCGCUCCUGAGAUCGUAGCGUAUCAGCCGUACGGUAAGGCUGUAGACUGGUGGUCGUAUGGAGUUCUGCUCUAUGAGAUGCUGGCUGGACAGCCUCCGUUUGAUGGGCUGGAUGAGGAGGAGUUGUUCCAGUCCAUCAUGGAGCAGAGUGUCUCCUAUCCCAAGAGCUUGUCCCGUGAGGCUGUCGCCAUUUGCAAGGGGCUCUUGACUAAGAACCCAGGGAAGCGUCUGGGUGGAGGAGAGGACGCAGAGAGAGAGAUCCGGGAGCAUCCGUUUUUCCGCUGGAUAGACUGGGACAGACUGGAGAGACUGGAGAUCCAGCCCCCCUUCAAACCCAGAGCGGGAGGAAAGAAAGGAGAAAAUUUUGACAAGUUCUUCACCUCCGCCUCCUCCGCCCUCACGCCCUCCGACCCGGAUGUUCUAGCAGCCAUCGAUCAGGAAGAUUUCCAGGACUUCACCUUCAUAAACCCGGAAUUUCCUUCUGCCCCCCUCACCGCUGUUUGAGAUCACAAACUCUCAGAGACAACUUAACUUAACACUACCUACACUUUAACCCUAACCCUACUUACCCCAUCAGUCCUGACUCUGACUCUGAAAUGAAAACAACAGUGCUGAGUUAUUACUGGAAUUGUGAAUCCUUUAUGAAUCGUUCUUUAGUAAAUAAUAGAGAUCAGCAAGUGAAACUGCUAUUGUCCGAGAGAAUCAAUAUGUUCCAUAAAUAUCAACAACAAACUUCUUAUAUAUAUAUAGAGUAUAUAGAGUAUUCUUAUAGAGACUAUCAGGCAUUAUUAUAUAUUAUAUACAUAUAUAGGCAUAUUUGAAUAUCUCUUAAUGAGAAAACAUUAAAAUCCAGGAUGUCACACUUUAAAAAAUUAAGUCAGAGCGAGUUAAAAUUGUACGUUUUUUCAGUUUACUGAUUAACUACUUAUAUUUUCUGUCAUUCUGCAUCUCAGUCUGAUCACCUCUAAAACAUUAAAUUAUUAAAAAGGCACUAAACCCUAAACAAUAACCAUAACCAUAAACCUUUCAUAACCUUUUAAACAAUUUUAUUGAGGUCAUUUCUGCCUUUGCAGCGCCCUCUCAGGUUCAACUGUGGCAUUACUGCCCAACUGGUGAUCUCCAACUAUUUGUGGCUCGCUGCUAUCAGAGGCACACUGCUCAGCCCUCUCCCUCCUGCCCCGCCUCUAAACCCAUACAUCACCCAGUACCCCUCCUAUUUUUUAGCAUUUUUUCAAAUUUGAGCUGAGGGUGGAGUCAACUAAAAUCAGGGGUUUAGAUACCCUAACCCUUGACAUCAUAAUAUACAGUACCAUUCAAAAGUUAAGACACACUUUCCCAUUCAGUGUUUUUUCUUUAUCUUAACCAAUAUUUAUACUUAAUUAAAGCAAUCAAUAAACAGUUUGUAUAACACUUGAGCAUGCCUCCAGACCUAAACAUAAUUGAGCAUCUGUUGGGCAUCCUCAAACAGAAGGUGAAGGAUCCACCAACUCUGUGAUGUCAUCACAGGGAUAGUACACUGGGGCUGACAACUACACACUGAUGUUGAGCGAGGGGACAACUUGCCCAAUAUGCAAACAGAUGAUGCCAGGAGCCAAUAAGAAAAGUGUGAUGUUUUCUUUAUUAGGGUUGCACUGCCCAAAAGCACUUUUAAGUGCCAAAGUAAGGUCUGUUCAUAAGGUGAGUUUAAAGAGCCACUAAAACCCUAAACCAUAUAUUUUUCAUUAUAAGCUGAAAUGUAUUUUUCUUUGAAGUAAUGAAAGUCCUGCUUAAAAUAAAAAAAACCCUCAAGUUUCCUAACCUUUAAAAACGCUUGAAUUCUGGUAAUUUCCACCUCUGCAGUGCCCUCUCAGGUUGUGUGUGUGCUAUAGGCGUGGACACAUGCAGUGCAGAUCAGUCAAUCAAUAAGACCACCCCAACUGACGUCCAACCAUCUGCGUCUCACCGCUAUCAGAGAGGCACACUGCUGUUGCUGCAGCUCAGCCAAUCAGCUCUCUCUCUCCUGCCCUGCCUCUAAACCCAUACAUCACCCAGAUCCCCUCCCAAACUACACCACUGCACUCCCAUUUUUUUAGCCUUUUUCAAAUUUGCGCUGAGGGUGGAGUCAGCAAAAAUCAGGGGCUUAAGCACCUCUUUAAUUCACAAAGGCAGUUAGGUUAUGUUGACUUAACAUGCACUCAAUAAGUAAAUCUGACAAAUCAACUGUAUUUCAUUACAAAAAUUUGACUCAACUCAAAUUUGUCAAGUAACUCAAGCUGAGGGGGCGCAGACAAAGCCCCCACAGACUAAGUGUAAUUCACUAAUGUCUUUAAAGUUAAAUUUAAAAAAUAUUUUUCAAAAUGUGUAAUCAGUUACUGCAUCAGUUUAGCUCGGCCUGACUUUAAUUUUCUACAGGUGUAGGUUGUACAGAUGGUGGUGUCACUUAUAGUCAGCUCAGAUUGUAGCUUUGUAUUAGAUUUUUUUUUUUUUUGUAGUUUUAUUUUCUCUGUGGACUAAAGUGGAGUGAGUCUCAUUCGACUGACUUGAAGAAAACAACUGAUUUGUAUCAGCAUCGUCUGUCCUGCUCCUCAAAUUCCUCUGGAAUAUUGCUGUAUGAAAUUGCAUGAAAACGCAUAUUUCACUUGAUUCUGUACAUGCUUUAUUGAAAGCCUUUGAAGCAGAGUUUUCUAAUGGGAUAGUAAGAAUAAUUUUUGUUAUGUUACUUUAGUGCAUGAUGUGUAGAAAUGCCUUUUCUUGUGCUCAAUAGUCAGGAAGCCAUUUCAGAUGCAUAUAUAAUGGCUUCCAAAUGUAUUCAUACCCCCUUUGAAUUAAGUCAACUUACAGCCACGAACUUAAAUGUAGUUUAUUGCGAUAUUAAGUAAGUAAGUCAAAUCAGAAAAGUGUGACUCUGAAAGCCCUAAGCAAAUCCAGUGCAAUCGAUUGCCGUCAGAAGUGACUAAAUUAGUUCAUAAAGUCCAGCUGUGUGUAAAUAAGUCUUAGUAUAAAUAUAAACAGCUGUUCUGUGAAGGCCUUAGUGGUUUGUUAAAGAACACUAGUGAACAAACAUCAUCAUGACCAAGACCAAAGAACUCACCAGACAGGUCAGAGAUAAAGUGUUAAGUCAAUAUGUUUAAAGAAGGGUUAUGUAAUAAAACAUAUCCAAAGCUUUGGGUAACUUAAGGAGAUUUUUCAGAUUGACCAAGAGCACUGUUCAGAGAAGCAGCCAAGAUGCUCAUGGUCACUCUGGAGGAGCUGCAGAAAUCAACAGCUCAGGUGGUAAAAUAUGAAAGACAUAAGAAGUUCCAUUUACAGGACCUUGUUGAGGGCACUGCAAACAUGAUGAAUGGCAGAAAGGUGCCCCUUUAUUUAGUGGUACCAGAGUAAAGGGAGCUGAAUAUUUCUGUACUGUCACAAUGUUAAAAACUAAGAAAAAUAAGUACAGAUUUGUACCUAAAAGAGUACAAAGCUUGUCGCUGGGGCUGUACCUUAUAUUUAGGUACAAAAAAGUACCUUUCAGUGGAAGUCCUUUUUUGUACCCAUGGUUUUUAUGCCAGUAAAGAUUAUAAAGAUUAUAAACAUUAUCAUCAACUGAAUAUGUGUCAGGAACUUGAUGAUCCAAAAUUGUCUUGCUUUGAAAUAAAAAAAUGUAUAAUUAAAAUAUAUAUUUUUUAUUAGUACAGUGAUGCAGUAUACGGAAUGUACCUUUUGGCUGGUUAAAUGGUACAAAUCUGUACUUAUUGCUGUUAGAAAAGACUUUGUACUUCAGAGGGAACAAAUCUGACCCUGUAAAGACCAAUAUUGUACUUUUGAGAGUACAAUUAUGAAGAGUGUACCUUUGAGUACAAAAAAGUACUGAUAUUGUACCUCUGUUUUUUAGAGUGU